AUGGGGAGGGAGUCAGCUGUGACAAACAUCCGGUCUUGUUGUCUCUCUCGACCUCAGCGACAGAGCGCUGUCCCUGCAUUCGGAUUUGGAAAAAAACUGGCUAAUCUCACACAUCUCAACGUUUCUUAUUCCGGACUGCUGGUAGGCCAAGUCCCCAUCAGCAUCUCUCGCCUUACAAAGCUCAUAUCUUUGGACCUCUCCUCAUAUUCCUAUGGCCCAUAUGCUUUGAAGCUGGAGAAGCCUGAUUUGGGUACUAUCAUCAGAGACCUUUCUAAUUUAAAAGAGCUCAAUUUGGAUGGAGUCAAUAUCUCUUCUAGUGGGACGGAGUGGUGCCAAGCUAUCUCUGACUCUGUUCCCGGACUUCAACUUCUCAGCUUACAAGAAUCUUCACUCUCGGGACCGAUUGACAGCUCACUGUCCAAGCUUCAGAACUUAUCAAUACUUCGUCUUGAUUUUAACAAUCUUUCGUCCCAUGUGCCGGACUUCUUUGCAAACUUUUCUUCUUUGACUGUGCUUAGUCUCAGUGGCUGUGGGCUCAAAGGCAUUGAUUUGUCAAUCUCUCACCGAAUUGUUGGUUCUUCUCUUCUAUUUCCAUCUCUCGAUACUUUGAAAUUGCAAUCUUGCAAUCUGAUGGCUAUCCCAUCUUUCUUGAAGCAUAAGAAGAAUAUGGGGCUCCUAGACCUUUCAAACAAUAGAAUUAAUGGGGUUAUACCCAAGUGGAUUUGGGGUAUUGGGCGCUCUAUGAAUUUAUCUUACAACUUAUUUAAUGAUAUUGAGAGGCCUCUUCCUGAUCCUCUAACUAUGAUGAGCAUCAACAGCCUUGAUCUUCAUUCUAAUAUGCUUCAAGGACAAAUUCCCCUUCUCCGCGCACAAUUUUUGGAUUAUUCAAAUAACUAUUUCACUGGUUCCAUCCCUAUUAAUAUAUCUGCAUACCUACUUGGCACUUCUGCUUUUUCUUUGGCCAACAACAAUCUCACCGGAGAAAUCCCCGCAUCAAUUUGUGAUACAUAUCUUCAAAUCCUUGAUCUUUCAAAGAAUAACUUGAGUGGUUCAAUCCAAGGAUGUCUAUUAGAGAGCCUUUCUAAUUUGCAAGCACUUAACCUUAGAGAGAAUCAAUUUCAAGGAAUCCUCCCUCAAAACAUCAACUCAAGUUGCUCACUGGUAACAAUCGAUUUUUACGGAAACAAGUUCGAAGGAGAAAUACCAAAAUCAUUAUCAAAAUGUGAAAAGCUUGAGUUUUUAGAUCUCGGAAGCAAUAAAUUAGCAGGCUCUUUUCCAUAUUGGUUAGGGAACCUUCCCUCACUGAAAGUCCUUGUUCUCAGCGAAAAUGGAUUUUAUGGACGUUUUGAAUGCCCUCCGGGAGUGUAUGUAGGCAAUCACACCUUUGAAAUGUUGCAAAUCUUAGACAUUUCAUCUAACAACUUCACUGGUAGUCUACCAUCAGAUUGUUUCACAAGAAUGAAGGCUAUGAUGAUUCGUCCAGAAGGGACAGAAACAAUUGGUUUCUCACAUUUUGGGCUUGUGCAAUGGGGUGAUCCAUACUACCAUAAUGCUCCACCAUCAGCAUAUUUUGAGGAUGUAGUUACAGUCACUGCAAAGGGGUCUAAGAGGGAACUAGUAAAGAUUCCCACUACAACUGCGUACAUUGAUGUCUCCAACAAUAGAUUUGAAGGUGUUUUGCCCGAAUUCUUGAAAAUUUGA